AUGGGAAUGGCUGAUGCCGCCCAGUUACUUCCCUAUUUGGCUGGUUCUAAAUCUGUUGUUGCUUAUCAGUAUCCUGUUAAGACAACGGCAUUUGCUCACUUGUUUGUCGGACCUACCAUAGGCAGUCUUGCCGUCAUACUGCUUGUGGGAUUCGCAGCUGCAUUCUUCGUCCCCCGUCUUCCACUUGGAAUCCCUCGACGUGACUUCAGUGUAUUCACAUGGUUGGCGGCAUUCGAAGGAGAUGGGAUGAUUCACCAGGCCGUAAAGCAAAACAUAGAGCGCAAUAUGGAGUAA